AUGGACUUGCGCGUAUGGAAAUUUCUCCGGAAGCUGCGAACGGCCACCAAAGACCCCAUCUGGGAUCUCGUUCUCCGCCUGCCCGCCAAUACCAGCACCACCUACGACGCCCUCGAGCCUCUUUUCCGGCCCGCCCACAUCUCGCGCUACCAAUAUGUCAACCUAAGGCCCGUCCUCGCCGCCCGCUCCCUCGCCCACCUCCCCGCCUCGCCCCCGCCCGCAGCCUACCCGCCCUGGCUCACCUCCCACCUCCUCACCUCCAAAGUCCGAUCUGCCGCAGAAGCCCACUCCGCCCUGUCCCUCGCAUACGACACUCUCGACACCACCCACCCCUCGUACCACCCCUCCCUGCUCGUCCUCGCCACCCACGCCCUCGCAGCCCACGCCAUCCUCGCCCCCGCAUCCCGCGUCGUCCGCACCUUCGUCACGACGCCCGUCGCAGCCGCAUCGCACGCGCCGACGCUCCACUACAACGCCCUCCUGCACGCCCUGUCCGCGUUCCCGGCCUCGGCGCCCGCCGCGGACCUCGCUAUCGCGCUGCUCGAGGCGAUGCACGACCAGCGCCUGCCGCUCUGGCCCUCGACGUACUCGGCGCUGCUCUCCGACCGCUUCGUCACGCUCCAGCUCACCAAGAUGCUCCGCGAGAAGAUGCGCUACGAGGGGGUAAGGCCGGAUGCGCGCCAGCUGCAACAGUAUCUCAGGAUCUUCGCCAAGGGGGGUGCGAUCGAGACGAGCGGGGAGUAUAUGCGGGCGAUACGGGAGUAUUGCCUCGAGAACGGAAUGACGCCGCCGUUGGACGUGACGAAGGAUGCCGUAGGGCUGGAUGAGAAGGAUGGAAGUCUGGGUUCGGGCAGUAUUGGUAGCGUGCACCCCGCGAACACACUAUACCUUCGCGCGCUCAAGAACGACCCAGCGAGCGCGAUGCAAUACCUCCACAAACUUCUCCGCCUCCAAGACCAAACCCCAGAUUCACCGUCCUCCACGCAACCCCAGGAUUCCCAACCCGAUACCAACUCCCCUACUAUACCCACACCAGACCCCGCUCCCCCAUCAUCCCCUCCCAAAACCUCGGUCGACAUCCACGACUACACAUCCACGCUCCUCUCCCUCACCGCCGACCACAAAAUCCCGCCCGCCCGCGUCCUCACCAUGUUCGAGUCUCUCCGCGCGAAGAGCAGCCCCGCCAGCGCGCGCCCGACCGCGGUCACGUACACGGCGCUCAUCCGCGCGUUCCUGCACUCCAAGGCGCCGCCGUCGCGCGUGCGCGGGCGCGUGCUCUCGCCGCUGCAGAUCGCGCUUAUGCUCUGGCUUGAGCUGUUCGAUGGGGACGGCGGCGGGGGGCAGAGGCUGCGCCUUGAUAGGUAUGCGGUCGCUGUUGGUGCGCAGGUGCUUGUGAGGAGUGGGAGGCAUGAGGAGGCGUAUUGGCUGCUCGAGACGUUUGCGCGGCGCGGUAGGGCCGCGAUCAAGGCGGGGAAGACGGGGAAGGUGCCGAGGUGGAGGGCGGCGGCGCCUGUGCAUGUGGGUCCUGCGCAGAGAAGGGCAAGCGAGAAAGCGACGCGGCUGAGCACGAUCGCUGUGAACGACUUUAUGCUGUCCUUUCUGCGCCGCGCGCCGCUCCCUCUCACCUCCUCAUCGUUCGCAGCAUCAACAGACGACGUCUUCCACUCUACACAGCCCAUGUCCGCCGCCGACGCGGCGCAUGCGGCGCUCGACCUGCGCGUGCACCCGCGCGAGCCGCGCCCCGCGCUCGUGUUCGCGCUGUUCGCGCACAUGCACGGCACGUUCGGUGUGCACCCGGACGCGGCGUCGCUCGGUAUCCUCCUCAAGGCCGCCGUGCUCGCGGGGAAGCUCGAGCGCGAGAGCGUCGGGCUCACUGUGCGCAAGGCCGUGCGCAGUCUUUUUGGGCUGCGGGGUGCUGCUGGGAGUGGAGAUGACGGGCGACGGCACGGUGCUGGAGGUGGGGAUGGAGAUGGCGCUGCUACGUCUAUGCCUAUGACGCGUCCGCCCGCCGGCCCCGAGCCGCUCGCAGUGCUCAUGCACUCGUCGAGCACACCCGCGGUGUACGGUCGCCCUCCAAUCAAGAUCAAGUGGUCCGGCGCACCUGCAGACUGGGCGGGCGCGCCCGCGCACGAGGUCGCGCGGCGUAUAUUCCGCGGCGUCGUUUUGGGGAACUGGCCGUGGCUGCGUGGUGUUCGUGCUGGGUGGCUCCCCGAUGGGCCUCUGUCUUCGUCUUCGUCGUCUCCUGCACGUUCGUCGGCAGCCGGCAAGUCGCGAUUGGAGCGGGAAUUUGAGCCGGAGCCGGGGCCGGAACUAGGAAGCGCGCAGGUCCAGCGCGGCCCGUGGGCGCUUGCGCUUGAAAGGCAUCAACACGCUAAACGCGGCGCGCACGCGCACGCGCCGCCAUACCCGACGAUCCACCCCUCGCCCGCGUGCUUCGGCGCGUACAUCCAGCUCCUCGCGCUUUCCCCCGCCCCGUCUCAUCCGCUCCACAGUGUCGAUGGCAGCAGCGGAGCAGUAGGAGGCGGCACGCGCGCGGACGAGAUCCCGCAGGUGCUCGCGUGGAUGCGCGCGCUGCGCAUUGUGCCGGACCGGCGCAUCCUUGCGAUCGCGCUUGUGUUUGUGUCUGAGCGGGUGUAUGGGUAUCCGUACGCCGAGCAGCGGCGCCGCUCUCGCUCGUCGUCCGACGACCUAUCAACAUCAGCAUCAGCAUCAGCAUCAUCAGCAUCAGCAUCAGGUCCAUCAACGGACUUCUGGUCCACCCCGCUUGUCCCUGGCGCUGACGCCCCAGGAUCAAGCGCCGUCGGAACGAGCUGGAUGGCGCGCUGGGGUAUGGGCAUGGGCAUGGGCGGCGGACAGGGCGCGGAGCUGCAGCGUCGCCGGGCCGUGUUCGCGCAGCUCGUCGCGUGGGUUGAUGGCUGGGUCGGCGCGCCUGAUGAGCGCGAGAUGGGCGAGGCGCUCCGUGCUGUUGCGAGGAUGCGUGAUCGGUCGUUUGGGGGGCCGACUGUUUGAGAAGGAGGGGGGGAAGGCGAGGGAGGAGGAAGGCGAGGGUGAGCGGUGGAGGAAUGAUAGGCGCUUAGAUCUGGUGGUGCGUGCUUGGAGGUUUUUUUGGCGCUGAGCGUGAGGUCAUAUAUCGCACAGUUUAUUUCUCUCGUAAUUCACGCGAUACAUAGGCAUUUGUACAUAUACCGG